GGCUUGACAUUUUUGGGUGCCGCAAGAAGUUUUGUAACUGGUUGUAUUGUUGUUCAGGUUCAGGACAUUUAUUUCAAUUUUAUUCAAGAAAAAAUACGUAGGAGCCAGUUUUGGCGUCCAAUAUAUUUAGCUUAAUCUAUAUAGAUUAGUAAUCUUGCGCUAGAAUGGCUAAACAAAUAAGAGGGAAUAGAAAUAGAACUGGGAAAUUUAGGUCACAAAAAGAAUUCAAUAGAUCUAAGGUUACGGGCCGGAAUGUUACAAAUAAACCAAAAGGAGUAGUAAAAAAACGACCUACUAAAGUUAAGGUAAAUCAGCAAGAUGCCCGUCAAAAAAUUGGGCAGAAAAAAAGAUUAAUGGUGGAUGCCAGAGAUAUUCUAGCCAAAAAAGGUAAAAUACAAGAUGCAAGAAGCAAAUUGGAUAAAAUUCGAAAUGGUAGAGGUAGAUCCAUAACUUCAAAACAAAUUGCAACCAGUCCUAAAGUGAAAGUAAUUGGUAGUAAUAUUCUUCAAAAAACUGACAGAAAUGGAAAAAUUAGUUUGGUGACUAAUAAAUCGAGAAAUAAUUCAUCUACGCAUCCAUCUAAUAUGAAUGUGGCUAUUCGUAAGCAAUUAGGUCUUAUCCCUUCCUCGAGGCCCCAAUUAAAGCAUUCACCACCGAAAAAACCCCAAGUAUUAAACAGUACUUUCCCAAUUCGGAAGACUAUAGUAAAUGAUAUAGAUUAUGGUGUAGCUGUAGCAGAGGCAGCAGGUAGAUACAAUUCAGGAUUAUACAAGUGGGUUAAACAACCUGAUAUAGUCAGGUCGGCGUCGCAUGUUAUAGGAUCUCUGGAACCUACCAGGCAAGCCAUGAGGGAUGUGAUGAGGGAGGAAUUAUUAUUAGCAAGAAACAGUUGGUCAGAUUAUGUGGCACCGCCAAAACCUUUGAGAUUACAACCGUCUGGAUAUAUCGAUUUAGACGCUGUAGAUGAUGAUGAGGAAAUGCCAUAUGCCCAUCCUAGUCGAAUUUCAUUGCAUGGAUCCACCAGGGUCUCAAAUAUUCACUCACGAUUGGAUAGCACUCCGCAUGAGCCUGUUUCACAUGGUAUCUUAUCGCAUACAAAAACCAAGGUGGUUGUACCAGCUGGGCACAGAAUCGUAGUGUCAAAUUUACAUUCAUCAGUUAUUGAAGAUGAUAUUAAGGAACUUUUUGAAGAUAUUGGACAGCUUCUGUCGGCAAAAUUGGUGCGUCCGGGAGUAGCAGAGGUGAUUUACAAAAACUUGAAGGAUGCACAGAAAGCAGUUGAUACAUACCAUAACAGGCAAUUGGAUGGACAGCCCAUGAAGUGUUUGCUAGUAAACAAGAGGCCAAUGAACCAAGCUACAGGAAUUCCACUUAAAAGUGAAGGAUUUUUAGGGAGAAAAAUUACUUCAAGUUCCGAAUCGUCAAAUAAGUUAAUGCCUGACAUAAGUACUAUUCACAAGGUACUAUUUCAAAGAAAAUAGUAUCCAUAUUAAUAAUUAAUUUGCUUGUCUUAUUUUUAACUUAAUUUUUACUCAUAUCUCGGAUGUAGUUUAAUGGAAAUUUAUCUGCAAUAUAAAUGUUUUUAUAGCGUGAACUAAUAUAAUUUUAUUUCAAAGUAUUGUAAUAUUUAUUUUUCGUUGGAGGGCUAAAAAGGUAAAUAAAACAAACUUUAGAAUUGUAAAAUAAUUUAAUCACAAACAUCUUUUGUCUCAGUAAUGGAAAAUAGAAGUAAUUGUUAUCCAAUCCCUUUGUAUUUUAUUUAAGUCACAGAAAUGUCAUAUAUUAUGUAAAAUGGUAGUGAUUAUACCUACUGUCUUGUAAAAACUAGACAAUAAAGCUAUUCCCGGUA